CCAUUUUCAACACAGAGAAGCAAAAACCUCUGCAAGAACCCUAAAGCUAAAACCUUUUCCAAUCAAUCAAAAGAGAAAAAAAUGGGGAAAGUUCCGUCGUCGUUUCGUGCUAUGCCGGCGAACUUAUUGGUCAAAAAACCAACACCAUCUCCUCCAGCGCCGCCGCGUGAUUUUCGCAACAGAGCAGCCGUGAGAGAUUCAACUAAACUUCCAGAGAAUACUCAAGCCCCUCGCGAGCCCUCCUUGAGGAAUCCUUUCAAGUCACCAAAUCUCUCAGACGCCAAAAGCCUCUUCAAUUCAAUCGCCGCCACUUCAAGAAUCCCACUCGAUCUCAAAUUCCACAACUCUGUUCUUCAAUCCUACGCUUCAAUCGCCGCCGUCGACGAUACGGUGAAGUUGUUUCAGCAUAUUUUGAAAUCUCAACCUAAUUUCAGGCCGGGACGUUCUACGUUCCUUAUCUUGCUUUCACAUGCUUGUAGAGCUCCUGAUUCAUCGAUUUCGAAUGUUCAUAGAGUUCUUAACCUUAUGGUGAAUAAUGGUUUAGAGCCUGAUCAAGUAACAACCGAUAUCGCGGUUCGGUCUCUUUGCGAAACCGGUCGGGUUGAUGAAGCUAAGGAUUUGAUGAAGGAGCUGACGGAGAAACAUUCCCCUCCGGAUACAUAUACUUAUAACUUUCUACUGAAGCAUUUGUGCAAAUGCAAAGAUCUACAUGUUGUUUAUGAGUUUGUUGAUGAGAUGAGGGACGAUUUCGAUGUGAAGCCGGACCUUGUUAGCUUCACUAUCUUGAUUGAUAAUGUGUGUAACUCUAAGAACUUGAGGGAGGCAAUGUAUCUAGUUAGUAAAUUAGGUAAUGCUGGGUUCAAGCCGGAUUGUUUCCUCUAUAACACCAUUAUGAAAGGUUUUUGCACACUGAGUAAAGGGAGCGAGGCGAUUGGUGUUUAUAAGAAAAUGAAGGAAGAAGGUGUUGAGCCAGAUCAGAUUACUUACAAUACUUUGAUAUAUGGAUUGUCGAAAUCUGGUAGAGUUGAGGAAGCUAGGAUGUACUUGAAAACUAUGGUUGAUGCGGGGUAUGAGCCGGAUACUGCCACUUACACGUCGCUGAUGAAUGGAAUGUGUAGAAAAGGCGAGUCUUUAGGUGCGUUGAGUUUGUUAGAAGAAAUGGAAGCAAGAGGGUGUGCUCCAAAUGAUUGCACCUAUAAUACUUUGCUUCAUGGAUUGUGCAAGGCAAGGUUGAUGGAUAAAGGGAUGGAGUUAUAUGAAUUGAUGAAAUCAAGCGGUGUAAAGCUUGAGACCAAUGGUUAUGCCACUCUUGUGAGGUCUCUGGUUAAAAGUGGCAAGGUCGCAGAGGCUUAUGAAGUCUUUGAUUAUGCAGUUGAUAGCAAGAGUUUGACAGAUGCUUCUGCGUACUCUACACUUGAAACUACCUUGAAAUGGUUGAAAAAAGCUAAAGAACAAGGCUUGGUUGCCUAAGUGGUAUCCUCUAACUAAGCUUUUCCAACUUUCUUCUUUGUACGAGUCCAUAUUUCAUUUUUUGAAGUUGUAUUUGCUCCAAAUGCAACGAAUUUGAUACGAAAUAUGCUGUUCAAUUCCUAAGGAACCAGCAGUGAUUUAUAAUAAUAGGUUGUUUAUCGACGUUGGCAAUAUUCUUGUCAGAUGAGAUCUCUAAAGGGUUCGUUAAACACUAGAACUAUCGAUUGAGUGAUAUUUGUUGCUGUGUUUCUAUAAAACAGUUAUUUUCGGUUACUCUGUUCGUAUCAGCUUCUUGCCUUUAGAGUCAUGUACUCUUUUCUUAUGAACUACUUUGAAUACCAUAAUUGGUUAUUGAUC